UUGAGCUCAACAGUCACACUGUCCUGUGUCCACUGUCCCGUCGCUCUUUAAUUCUGUAUAAUCCAGAUUUUUUGCAUCCAUUAGAAAAUGUCGAUUGGAGGAUGUAUUUCACCAGGUUUUUCAUUCAUAAAAAAGUGAUUUCCUGUUACAAGUGCAGGAUGAGGUGGCGGUCGUGUCCUUUCUCUCUGGUGCACAUGUUGCGCUGUCUGCUAUUGCGGCUGUGUCCCAGGAAGAGGGGGUGCCGGCUGCCUCUGUGGAUGCCCAAAACACGGGCCUACAUGAAAUUAUUGCUGCACUCGCUUUUCUAUAACUUCCUCACGGACUCUGAUGUUGUUUUUGACUCUUUAUUUGAGCCGCUUUUGUGGACUGUGGAUUAUCUGACACGCUGGUUUGGCCUUGUUUUUGUGUGGAUGGUUGUUUUACUGACCACCUCCAUCCUGCUGGUUGCCUAUGUUGUCCUUUUGCCUUACGCACUCAGGACAUAUCCUACAGAAUGGCUUACCUGGCACCUUUGUUACGGACACUGGAACCUCGUCAUGAUCGUAUUUCAUUACUACAAGGCCGUCAAAACUUCCCCAGGGUACCCUCCGAAUGAAAAAAAUGACAUUCCAUUUGUAUCAGUCUGCAAAAAAUGUGUUAUUCCCAAACCAGCAAGAGCACAUCAUUGUGGCAUCUGCAACAGGUGCAUUCUCAAAAUGGACCAUCACUGUCCCUGGUUGAAUAAUUGCGUGGGUCAUUUGAACCACCGUUACUUCUUCUCCUUCUGCGUCUUCAUGACAUUGGGCUGUGUGUACUGCAGCUGGAACGGCAGAAUACGUUUCCUGGCUGCGUACAAUGCCCUCGAGCGUUUUAAGCAUUUGGAAAUGGAAAAACCUGGGGUGCCCAUAACUGGAAUGGGACCUUUAAUAGGGCUUCUCCCCACUGGCCAGACUGAUUAUGUGACACCCGCACCGCCAUACUCUUUUAAGGAAAAGAUGAUGGAUAAGAGCAUCAUCUACUUUUGGGUGCUCACCAGCACUGUGGCAGUGGUCCUGGGAGCGCUGACCACGUGGCACGCACUUCUCAUAUCCAGAGGCGAGACCAGCAUAGAAAAGCAUACCAACUCAAACGAAAAGAGUCGAAUGGAAAAAAUUGGACAGGUAUAUAAAAACCCAUUCAACUAUGGCAAGCUGCAUAACUGGAAAAUCUUCCUAGGUGUGGAGAAGAGAAGGUGUGUUUUCUCUGACAUUUUUGUCCUUGGGUGCUGUCAGUGUUUGUAUUUGUCUCUUACCAUUUGUCACCUUUGCAGUCACUGGUUCACGCGUGUCCUCCUGCCCUCCGCUCACUUGCCGCUUGGUGAUGGCUUGACAUGGGACUUUGCACUCAGAAAGGAGCCAAUACCAGUUUAAGCUGUCAAGGCGUUCCAAGCCUACUUGGCAUUAAGUGGGGUACACACACACAUCAAUUUAACAUCAAUUAAAAAUAACAAUCCCUUACUACUUCUCCUAUAGCAUAUGUUACAAUGUUAUGAAAAAGUAUCCGAACCUUUUGGAGUUUCUCACAUUUCUGCAUUAAAUCACCAUCAAAUGCGAUCUGAUCUGUGUCAAAAUCACACAGAUGAAAAUACAGUGUCUGCUUUAACUAAAAUCACCCAAACAUUUAUAGGUUUUCAUAUUUUAAUGAGGAUGGAAUGCAAACAAUGACAGAAGGGGACAAAAUAAGUAAGUGAACCAUCACAUUUAAUAUUUUGUUGGCAGCCCCGCCCACUAUAAAUCACACACCGGGUAACAAUGUCUUGAUGAGAAGCAUUGUCUGAUGUGCAUCAUAGCACGGUCAAAAGAGCUGUCUGAAGACCUGCAAUCAAGGAUUGUUGAUUUGUAUAAAGCUGGGAAACGAUACAUAACCAUCUCCAAAAGUCUGGAUGUUCAUCAAUCGACAGUCAGUGAAGUUGUCUGCAAAUGGAGAGAGUUUAGCACUGUUGCUUAUCUCCCAAGGAGUGUCCGUCCACCAAAGACGAUGCCAAGAGUUCAACGCAGAAUACUCAGAGAUGUAAAAAAGAACCCUAGAGUGUCUUCUAAAGACUUAUGGAAAUCACUGGCACAGUCCAAUAUCUCUGUGCACACAUCAACUAUAUGUAAAACUAUGACCAAGAAUGGUGUUCAAUCUCCUGUCUAUCCUUGACACUCAUGUGCCACAAAAAAAAAACAGGCAGUCACCUUCACCCAUUCACCAAUUGGUUCACAGAGGAGCUGAGAUCACUAAAAAGGACUGGCCGAGUCCUGGAGCGGUCCUAUGUUACAUCAGGACUGCUGGUGCAUAAGUUGGCCUACCGGGAACAUCAACGGAAAUUUGCCAAAGAACUUUCCAAGGCCAGCACACUACUCCAACAUUAUUAACAAUAACUCCAGUAACUCCAAACAACUCUUCAAUACCGUCAAACACCUCCUCAAACUUCAGCACACCACAACCAGACAGCCUCACAGUGCAACAAAUUCAUGGACUGCUUCACUUCCAAAAUAUACAAUAUUCGUGCAUCUUUCUCCCACACUUACAGUUCUGUCCCAUUAUGUGACAUUGCACCCGUCACCCACGACCUGUCUCACUUUUCCCCAACAGUGCAGCAGGAGGUCGAGAAGGUCAUCACUAAAUCCAAACCAUCCACUUGCUCCCUAGACCCCUUCCCUUCCCCUCUGCUUAAAGCACGCUAUUACUCCAUCAGUCACUUGAUAAUAAAAUUUUUAAUUUUUCUCGUCAAACCGGGGAUGUUCCGGCCACCCUCAAAACAGCUAUCAUCAAGCCCCUCCUCAAAAAAACCACUCUUGAUCCUGAUCCUCUGUCAAAUUAUCGACUAAUCUCCAAUCUCCCCUUCGUUUUCAAAAUUUUUGAAAAUAUUGUAUCCAUUCAACUUCACAACCACCUUAAAUCAAACCGUUUAUAUGAAAAAUUCCAAUCUGGUUUUCGUCCAUCCCACAGCACCGAGACGGCGUUCAUCAGAGUCACCAAUGACCUUCUGAUGACAUCUGACUCCAGUUCUACUUCUCUCCUUAUCCUUCUUGACCUCUCUGCUGCAUUUGAUACUGUUGAUCAUCACAUCCUCCUUCACCGCCUCCAACACAAUAUAGGUAUCUCUGGCACUGCCCUUCAGUGGUUUAAUUCAUACCUCACGGGAAGGACUGUGGUAUGCUAAAUCUGUGGAGUCCCCCAGGGUUCUGUGCUCGGUCCAACCCUCUUCAUCAUUUACAUACUACCCCUCGGUCGUGUCGUCAGCAGGCAUGGAAUACAAUUCCAUUGUUAUGCUGACGACACACAACUAUAUUUCAAGGUCACUCUGUCCUCCACCCUCUUCUCCUCUGUUUCUCAACUUGUGUCCUGCCUGGAGGAGAUAAGGCCUUGGAUGAGUGAAAACUUUGCAGCUGAACAGCUCAAAAACAGAAGCUAUUCACAUUGGUACUCCUCACCAGCUCCGUUCCGCCCCCAUUUCCUGAGUCUAUUUUUUCGGCCACAAAUUCUCCUUCUCCCCUUCUGUGACUAAUUUGGGAGUCAGGUUUGACCUCCAUCUUAGCUUUAAUAAUCACAUCAAUUAUAUUUGCAAAACCUCCUUCUUUCACCUCCGCAGUAUUGCCAAACUCUGGCCAUCUCUCUCCCGUCCUGCUGCAGAGAGACUCGUCCAUGUCUUUAUCUCCUCCAGGUUGUACUAUUUUAACACACUCCUCAUCGUGAUCUCUGGCAAGAGCCUACAGAGGCUCCAGUAUGUCCAAAACAGCGCUGCCAGGGUCCUGAUGAGGGUGCGUAAACAUGAGCACAUCACCCCAUCCUUCACAUCCUACACUGGCUCCCUGUUCACCUCCGUAUUGAAUUCAAAAUCCUCCUUCACACCCAUCACUGUCUACACGGUGAAGCCCCCACUUACCUCACCGAACUGCUCACACCAAAUACUUCAGCCAGAACCGGUCAGGCCAACUGCACCGUCUACUCCCACCCAGGACUAGGCUCAAGACUAUGAGCGACAGGGCCUUUGCAGCUGCUGCUCCCCGUCUGUGGAAUGCCCUCCUAGACCGCCUCAGAGCCCCGCAGACAGUGGACGCGUUUAAAAAAGGACUAAAAACUUACCUUUUUCAAAAAGCUUACUCUGGCUAAUUUUAUCUGACUAUCUUAUUUUUAUCUGAUUUGUAUCUGAUUUUAUCUGUGUUUCUUGUCUGUUUUUGCUUUUACUCUUUUGUUCUUAGUCUUUUUAUUUUUUUCUAUGGUAAUGUGCACUUUGAGAUUUGUUUUUCAAAUGUAAAGUGCGUUAUAAAUAAAAUGUAUUAUUAUUAUUAUUAUUGUUCAUGGGAGGACUCCACGGAGGAAGCCAUUGCUGUCUAUAAAACAACAACAACAAAAAGUUUUUUAAAAAAAAAAGGCACUUUGACACUCCACAGAAGUUUGGGCAAAAUAUUUUGUGGACUGAUGAAACCAAAGUUGAACCGUUUGGGAGUAACAAACAAUGUCGUGUUUGGAGGAAAAAUGGAAUAGCUCACCAAAAUCAACACCUUAUCCUCACCUCACCGUGAAGCAUGGUGGAGGGAGCAUCAUGAUUUGGGGCUGUUUUGCUACCUCAGGUCCUGGACAACUUGCAGUCAUUUAUAGAAGAAUGAGUUUUGCAGGAAAACCUGAAGCCGUCUGUCAGACAGUUGAAGCUAAAAAGAGGAUGGAUGCUGGAACAAGACAAUGAUCCAAAACACAGAAGUAAAUCAACUUCAGAAUGGUUUCAGAAGAACAAAAUACAUGUUCUGGUGUGGCCAAGUCAAAGUGCAGACUUGAACCCCAUUGAGAUGCUGUGGCAUGACCUAAAGACAGCGAUUCAUGCCAGACAUCCCAGGAAUCUGACUGAACUACAGCAGUUUUGUAGAUAAGAAUGGGCCAAGAUUAGUCCUCCGAUGUGACAGACUGAUCUGCAGCUACGGGAAGCGUUUGGUUGAAGUUAUUGCUGCUG